AUGAGAAGUAUCUAAUAAGCAAAUUAAGGACAAGCACCAAUAGGGAUUAAAUAAAUUGACACUCAGAUAUAAAAAGUAAAAUCAGAACUGAAAAUUGAACAGUCAUAAGCAUUUGAGCGAACCAUGAGAGAGGCAAAAAUUAAUAAAGAUACUGCCUAAGUGUUGAGCCAGAGAGUUGAAAAAUUAUAGGAGGAAAAAGACAAAUAUAAAAAGCAAGCUGAUGAAAUCCUAAAGAGAACAGAAGGGCCAGGAAUCCACAGAUCAUCAAUACAUAGCAAUAGAUCUUAAAAAAUUGAUAAUGACAAAUUUACCCAAGAUUAAAUCAAACAACGAGAAAUACUUGCUUUAGAGCUUGAAAUGAAUUAAAAAGAAAAGUAAUUUUUGGCUGAGAUUGAAAAUCUGAAAAUGGAUAUUAAAUAAUUAACACAUGAUCUCAAUGAAGCUUGGAGUGAAAAUGAUCAGAAAGAUAAAUAAAUAGAGCAACUUUAAACUUAAAAUUCACUUUUAUAAAAAGAAAAAUUAGAGCUCUAGAAAAAAUUGAUGGAGGAAAAGUCAAUCCAAAAAAAAUAGUAAUCACCUUAAAAAAUAAUAGAACCUUAAAAUAAUUUAAUUAAUGAAAACUCUGCUAUUAUUGAAAAAUUAAAAAAGUAAAUUUAAGAGUUGUAAGAAGAAAUAAGUGAAUAUGAUGAAACAAUUAAUUCACAUCAAUAAGAAAUAUUAGAGUGGAAAAAUAAAUUUUCAUAGCUCCAAAAGAAUAAAGAUGAAGUUGAUAAUUAUUAUGCAAUUGCUUAUAAUGAAAUUUAGAAUCUUUUAGCAUCAAAGGAGGAAAUGGAAAAUUAAAGAAAGGAUGAUAAAAAUAAUAUCAAUCAAUUGGAAGCAACUAUUAUAGUGUUAAAGAAUAAUUUAAAUGAGUUUGAAAAUAACAAUAAAAGACUUUAAGAUUAAAUUGAUAUAAUUCAAAAAAAUAAUUAAGAUUUGAGGGCUGAAAAUUUAAAAUAAUUUGAAUUAUUGGCCUCAAAACCUUUAGAAGUAAACUCAAAUCUAUAAAAUGAUUUGAUUGAAUUACACAACGCUCCCAGCAAUAGCAAUGGAGGAGAAGAAUUUAUCUCAUAGUUCAAUCAAUUAAGCGAUGAUUUUUAGAAUUUGAAAUCUAAAUAUACAGAAGUUUUGGAAUAAAAGUAAACUAUGGAAAAUGAAAAUAAUAAAAAGGCAAAAGAAAAUUCACUUUUGAAUGAUGCAAUUAAAAAAUUAGAAAAUAGAAUUAAAUCUUAAGAGGGAGAAAUUUAAGACUGGAUAAACAAAUAUAAUUCGAAAAACACUGAACUUAAUGCCAUUUUAGAGUAAGAGAAUAAUGAUAAAUUGAAAAUAGAAGAACUUGAGUUGCACAUAAAGGAUUAAGAAAUCAACAUAAAUGAUUUAGAAAUAGCAUUAAAACAUUCGCAAAAGGACUCAACACCCAGACCCCCCCCCCAUCCUAAUACACUUAAAUAGAGAGAAUUAGAGGAUAAAUUAAAGCAAGCUAAUGUACAAAUUAAUGAUUUGAAAAAAGAAACUUAAUCUCUGUAAUAACAACAAAAUAAAUAAGAUGAGUAAAAUGAAUAAGACCUCAAUUAAUUGACUUCAGAUUUAGAGAAACAAAAUAACAAAUUGAAACUUGACAAUGAUAAAUUAAUAUCUCAAUUAAAUGAUGCAGAGAAAAAGAUUUCUGAUUAAGAUUAAAUAAUCAAAUAAUAAAAAAAAUAAUAAGAAGAAUUAGAAUAAAAAUAGAAAUAAAUACCAAAAUCAAAUCCAAGUGAAAGUAAUCAAGAACAAGAAGCUUUAAUUGAAAGAUUAAAUUAAAGUAAUGAAUAAUUAGAAGUAAAUAAUUCGUAAUUAAUGAAAGAGUUGAAUUUAAUAAAGAAUAAAAAUAGUAAGAACUUAAGAAGUAAAUUUAUUUUAGUAGGAAAGUUGAUGUAAAUCGAAAAAUUGAAAUCUGAUUAAGAAGAAAAAAUAAAAAAACAAAAAGCAAUCAUUAAUGAAUUGUUAGGAAAUUAAAAAAAUUAAAAAACAGAAAAAGAAAAUUCAUCUGAUCCAAUUCCAUAAGUGAAUGAACCAUAAAUUGAAUAGUAAGCUGAAAAUGAGUUAGAUACUCAUUAAAAUAUAUAAGAGGAAUUAGUAAAAUAAAAAUAAAGAAAUUAAAAGUUAUUAGGCAAAAUUUUCAGGAUAUUAACCAAACAAAAAUAAAAAGAUGCUAUCAUUACAUAAUUAGAAGAAAGAAUUGAAAAAUAAAAGGCAAUAAAUUAAGAAUUAAUUGAAAAUUAAAAGAAUAGCGAAUAAUAACCAAAAUUAAAUGAAGAAGUAAAACAACAAAAUGAAGUAGAGCAUGGGCAUGAAUAACCUUAAAUCUAAGAUAAUUAAAAUUAAUAGGAAUAAAAAAAUGAAUUAUUGAAGCUUAAGACUUAAAAUUAAAAAUUAUUAUCAAAAAUUUUGAGAAUAAUGACCAAAUUAAAAAUAAAAGAAGAUGAAUUAUAAAAUUUAAACGAAAGACUUAAAAAAUAACAAGCUAUAAAUGAUGCCAUCGAUAUUGAGCCUAAAGAAAAAGAAGAGGUAUAACCGGAAUAAGAAUAAUUAAUAGUAGAUGACUAAUAAAAUAAUAAAUAGAUUAAUAUGGAAGUAGAGAACAAAGAUGUUGACCAUGAUUAAAUGAAAAUAAAAAAUUAAAAUUAAAGACUUUAGGGAAAAUUAUUUAGAACUAUGUUUUUAUUAAAUAAAAAAAAUAAUGAAAUUGAGUCACUAUUGCAGAGAAGUUAGAAAUAAAAAGCAUAAAUUGAGGUAUUAAAUAAUUAGAUUCACGAAAAUAAUAUAAAUUCAAAUUAGAUUAAGGAUCAAGAAAAAGAACCAAACUUUAAUUUACAAAAUAGUUAACAAGAAUAACCCCAACAGGACCUCAACUCCAAUGAAAUAGAGAAAUAGAAUGACGUCUUAAGAAAUCAAAAAAUUAAUAAGAUGGCUGCUAAAUUAUUCAUGAUUAUGAGUAAAUAUAAUAAGUAAAAUAAACUGAUAGAAAAUUUAAACGAAAGACUAUCUAAGUACAAAGCUAUUAUUGAAUCUUAAAGUUAAGAGAAUUAAUAAUCUUAGGCUGAAAAUAUUAACAUUACUGAUGUAAAAUUAGAAAAUGAUAAGACUUCAACACAAUAAUAAAUGGAACUUUAAAAUGCUAAUGAGUAAGAUAACGUUAGACUUAGGAAUUAAAAUAACAAAUUAUUAGUCAAAUUAUUCAGAGUUAUGAGCGGAUUAACCAGAAAAAAUAAUUAAAUUUAAUUACUAGAAUAAAGAUUAACAAAAUAAAAAGCAAUUAUUGAUUCAUUAACAUAAGAACAAGCUACAAAUUAAGAAGUUUAGGAAUAAUCCAAUCAUCCAAACAAAGACAAUCAAAACAUUUAACCUAACUCAGAAUCUUAAGAACAAUAGAUCAAUCAUUAAAAUGAAAUUUCUAUUUGGAAAUAUAAAUAUAAUAAAUUGCUUGCAAAGUUAUUUAGAAUUUUGAGCCAACAAAAGAAAAAAGAUAAAGAAUUAAUUUAAUUAAAUGAAAGAUUAAAUAUAUAAAAAGCCAUUAAUGAUUAAUUAAUGGUCGAAACAAAUUAGGAUGCUUAAAUAAAAUUAGAACCAGAGUUACAUCAUUAAGAAAUAUCUCUUCAAGCUGCUUCUGAUAUAAAUCCAGAAAAAUAAUCAGAAAUAUUUAAUAACAAUGAAUUCUUGAAGAUUAAGAACUAAAAUGCUAAAGCUUUAUCCAAAUUAUUUAGGUUAUCAUUUUUGCUGUAAAAAUAGAACAAAGAAAACAAAUAAUUAAAUGAUAGACUAGUGAAAUAAAAUGCAAUAAUAGAAGAAUUUUCAAAAAUAUAAAAUAGUUCGCAUUAGUUAAAAGUAAAAAACGGCAAACUUUUAGCAAAACUAUUUAUUCUUACUAGCAAUUUAAAUAUAGUAAAAUAAAGCUAAUGA